AUGGGUCGGUUCCUGCUCCAACUUCCUUGGUCCAACUUAUUUUCCACCCUGCAGUCGUGCGAGGAGAAACUUAAGUUGUUUACAGAACUUAUCAAUCUCGGAUUGGACAUUAUUAUGCCUAAACUGUCAGUGAAAGUCCAUGAGACAGAUCGAUCUCGGUUAACUGCUCAAUUAAAGGGUCUUAUCACUCGCCGCCAAAAGGCCAUUGGGUCAAAUAAUCAAUCCCUUUAUAAGAUCCUAAGAAAUAAAUUGAACCGGGAACGUAAGCGAUGCCGUAGUGCUUAUUACGAGUCUAAAGUUAAGGAUUUGGGCGAUACCAAACCUCGUGAUUGGUGGCGCGAAGUCAAACAGAUAUGUGGUACUGCCAAAUGUACUGGGCGUGAUCUAUCAUCCAUCCUCCAUGCUGAUUUAGCAUGUGAUGAUGAGUCAGUUUUGGCGGGAAAGAUCAACCAUUCAUUCUUAAUUGUGAUGAGAGAUUAUGCGCGAUCAGAUAGGGAUCUGAUCGCGAUUACAUUCCUACAGAUGGUGAUCUACCAAUAUCUAUCGACGAGUUUUCGGUUGCCAGAAAACUUGGAGCUGUUAGUAUUUCUCGUGCAUGUGGCCCAGACGAUCUUCCUAAUUGGAUGCUGAGGGAAUUUACUGACAUCUUGGCUGGACCAGUCACCGACAUUCUUAACUCUUCUUCUGCAGAAUGUAAAGUCUCUCGAGUCUGGAAGCUUGCCAAUAUUCCACCAAUUCCCAAGCCUACUACAAUACGUGACUUUAAUAAGGAUUUAAGACCUAUUUCACUUACGUCCACACUGUCUAAGAUUGCUGAAUCCUAUAUCAUUGAAAAAUCCUUAAAACCUACAGUAUUACCAUCAUCAAUCCCAACCAGUAUGGCUUUAUUCCUGGCUUAUUCACUAACCUUGCACUCAUCUCCAUGCUCCAUCAUUGGCUCAGUAGUCAGUACCACCGACGGUACUGGAUGAUCGGUAAGAACUGUUGUAGUUGAUUUCCGCAAAGCCUUCGACUUGGUCGACCACCAGACGCUAGUGACCAAGCUCUCAAGUCUUGGACUAAAAUCUACCACCUUGAAUUGGAUUAUUGACUUUCUGAGGGACAGACAGCAAAGCUAAGGAUAAAGCAUAGUGGACACUGCUACUCUGACUGGUAAAGCGUACCAGCUGGGGUCCCUCAGAGAACCCGUCUCGGCCCGUGCCUUUUUUUGGUCAUGAUUAAUGACUUGAAGACACCUGAUGUUUCUACACUUAUGUGGAAGUUUGCUGAUGAUUCCACCGUUUCUGAAGCAAUUCCACCAUGUAAUCACAGCAAGCUUCAGCCAGCUGUCGUUCACAUCA